GCCAAAUGUUCCCUGAGACUGAGGGAUUCCUUGUAGCUAUACAGGACCAGGUCAUCCCUACCAACAAUUACAAGAGGUUCAUACUUAAGAACUUGCAACAGUCUGAUAAAUGCAGGUACGGCUGUCAGGACUCCGAAACACACGUAACUGGUGGAUGCCAAGCAUUCGCUCCAACGGACUAUAAGGAGCGCCACGACAUAGCUGCCAAAAUCAUUCACCAGGAGUUGGCAUACAAAUUAAAACUGACCGAAUGUAAGCUACAGUACUACAAAUAUACACCGCAAUGUGUCCUCGAGAACGACAAGUAUAAACUAUACUGGGAUCGCACUGUGCUUACGGAUCAAUACAUAAAACAAAACAGACCUGACAUAAUCAUUGUCGACAAGGGCGCCCAGAAAGUAACACUGAUUGAUGUGGCCAUACCUAAUAGUAACAAUUUAACAUACAAAAAUAAUGAGAAAGUUGCAAAAUACAGGGAGCUAGAAUUUCAAAUUAAACGCCAGUGGAAAAUGAAGUACGUGGAAACAAUACCAAUAAUAAUGUCAUCUACAGGGGUGAUACCAAGAAGCCUGCUAGAAAACAUCAAAGCACUGGAACUGAGUGAAAACAUUCACAAAAUCAUACAGAAAGGAGUUUUGCUGGCAACUGCCCGCAUAGUAAGAAAAUUUAUGGGAAAUGCAAGUACCUAG